CCACCCCACCACCCACCCAACACCACUCAAUUGAAGCCGUAUUUUUCAACGAAAACGAUCGCGAUCGCUGUUUUUAGGCGGUUACAGCCGUAAUACAGUCUUCAGGCUCCGAAAUAUCCUCUUGAAUGAUCUCUAACAGGUUUUCCAAGGUUCCAGGCACCUCGUAAUCGCUUGCCUCGUCCUUAUAAAUCCUCCUACUACGUACCCUACGCUUGGUCUUUCGUACGUUUGACAUCUUUGCGAAUUUGUGCCUGGGCGUCGUCUUUACCUUCUUUCUUUUCGGUUUGAUCGAUUUCUUGACUUUGGAUUGAAGGUAUUGAACCUUCGCUUUGCGCCGGCAUGUUGAACGCGCAAUAGUCUAUAGCGAAUUUCCGGCAACUUCGCUGAAGAUUUUGACCUGUUGAGGGUGUUGCUAUGACGUAUUUAGGGUUGAAUAUUGAAAAGUUUGGUGUUUUAGGUCUGUUUUUUGUUGCGGGGGCCUUAUGCUUGACCUUCGGGAUACCCUUUCUUUCUAAUACUAUGUAUUUCGAAGAUAACGGCUUAGUUCGAUCCUGCGGGAAUAUCCUAGCUGUUCUUUAUACGUUUUUAACCUGUUUAGGCAUUAAAAUAUCGAUCCUCGUAAGUUGUAAUGCUUUUAGCAUAUUUUUUUUAGAAGGCUUGAUGCUUAAACUGAUCGAAGGGCAUUUGCGAAGGUGAUUACGAAGCUGUUUUUUUAAUGGUCCGAAGAUUCUAACGUUUAACGCCU